GGUGGUGAUGAUUGGCUCAUAGAUACGUAUACGCAUUGGCUGAGCUAGUUACCAAUGGCAACAAACAGUAACAAACGCAUGCGCACAGCAAACCAGCAGCAACAACAACGACGUUUCAAGCCAAGAUUUCCAAGUCUUCAGUGAGCUCCGUGUCGAGUGGUGUUCGUUGCUGCAGUGAUGGAUGCGACUGUGAGGCCCCUCAGAAUCCCUCCUCAGAUGGCCAUUUAUGCAGAGAAACAUGACAUAUUUCACCUGGUCCAGACACUAGUGAGAAAUGUGAUGGUGGACAAACCAGAGGACCCCAUUCAAUACCUGAUUAACUUCCUAAAAAGGGACCGUUUUGAUGUGCCAAGAAUCAUAUUCCUGGGUCCUCCAGCGUCCGGGAAAACAACCAUAGCUAAGAAGUUGUGUGAGCACACACAGGCUAGUCACGUAACUUUUAGUGAUAUCUUAAAGGAUGACAGUGACCUAAGCAGAGCUGCGCGGCAGUACAAAGACAAAAAGCAGAAGAUUCCCAAAGACCUCUGGAGCCAGCUGAUUCAGCAACGCCUAUCAAAACCAGACUGUAUUCGACGGGGCUGGGUUUUGGAAGCCAUUCCCAAGACUCAAGAAGAGGCACUAUAUCUACAAGAAGCAGGCAUCACUCCAGAUCAUGUUGUGAUGCUGGAAGCUCCUGAUGUCGUCCUGAUUGAAAGGAGCUCUGGCCAGAGGAUAGACCCUGUCACAGGAGAUGUAUAUCACAUCACCUUCAUGUGGCCUGAAAGUGAAGAGGUUGCACAGCGUUUAGAAACACCCAGUACACUGAUGCCAGCUGAUCUUAUCGCCAAAAAGCUGCAGAAGUUCCACACGGAAGCUCAUGCUCUGAAGCGCACAUACCACAGCUGCCUGAAGGCCAUCAAUGCUGACCAGCCCUAUGUAGACGUCUUCUCACAGGUGCUGAACUACGUCCAUACUCCACGUCACUCUGCCUCACCCUACAUUCCCAGAAUCCUGCUGUUUGGACCCCCAGGUUCCGGAAAGAGUCUUCAGGCAAAACUAAUUGCUCAAAAAUAUGGCAUUGUCAACAUUUGUUGUGGAGAGCUUCUGAAGGCUGUGUCAGCUGAUGAGAGCCAUAUGGGGGAGCUAAUUAAACCCUACCUGGAGUCAGAACAGCAAGUGCCAUCCAGUAUAGUUCUGCGGAUCCUUACUGAGAGACUGAGCAGGAUGGACUGUACCACUCAAGGCUGGGUGCUCCAUGGCUUUCCUCAAGAUGUGGAGCAGGCAGAAGAACUCAAAGAGUCUAAUUUCAUACCAAACAGGGUCUUUUUCCUGGAGAUAACUGAUGACAUUGCUAUUGAGAGGGUAACACUUAGGGGUGUGGAUCCUGUGACUGGAGAAUGGUAUCACAGCAUAUAUAAACCUGUCCCUGGUCCAGAAGUUCAGGCCCGGCUUCGAUUUAACCCACAGCAUUCAGAGGCACAACUGCUAAAGAGGCUUAAGGAGUACUGGAACCAUACAGUGGACCUGCAGGCCUUCUACCCACAGGCAGUAUACAUCAAUGCUGACCAGGACCCACACACUGUGUUUGAGUCACUGGAGAGUAGGCUUGUGGGUCGACUACCCAAAGUCCUGUCUAACUGUGAAACAUUUGAGAGCUAAACACUGUUAUAGAAGAUACUCCACCCAUAAACAUUUUCUCUCAACAUUUAGUCACCCUCAUGCCAUCCCAGGUAUAUGACUCUCUUUGUUCUGUGGAAGAGAAGCUGAGAUUUUAAGAAAAAUAAUAAUCUCUGUGAAUCUAUAUAAUGCAAGUGAAUGGGGCCACUCAAAGCUGGCACUUCAAAAACCACACAAAAUUAACAUUUUAGUUAUCAGUAUGACGCCUGUGGAUGUCUUCUGAAGUGAAAUGAUGUUUUUACACUAUAAACCAUCGCUUCUAUAGACAACUGUCAAAUGCAGGUUCAUGAGUUUACUCUUGAUGUAAACUUCAGCAUGACAUAAGCCCAUUGUGAAACUCAUGCAAGAAGUGUUGCAGUAGAGGAACACGAUUACAUCACACUUCAUGUGCUUAUGUUUAAAUGAAGUAUUAGAAAUGUUUUAUAGUUUAAUGCUUAUAUUAAAGUUUAAAAUAUUAAUAUUUUUCUUACACACCUAUGGUUUAGCUUCAGAAGACAUUGAUUCAUCUGCUGGUGUUGUGUUUGUUUCGUGUGAUUUGCAUCAGCUUUGAUGGUGCCGUCCACUCACAUUAUAUGAACUUACAGAGAUGGACUGGACUUUUUUUUCUAGCAAUUACCAUUUGUGUUCCACAAAAGAAAGAAUAUCAUAAACAUUUGGAAUGGCAUGAAAAAAAAAUUGUUCCAUUCGAGUUUUGGGGGAGUCAAUUUAGUUCAAAUUUUAGAUUUCCCCAUUGUGUUUUAAUUUUCAUUUCAUCUUGUACAUUUCAUAAGUCUGAUAGGCAGCUUAAUAAAUUGCU